UACAUCGACAUAAUUGUUUACAUGAACACGCGUGUGUGUGAUGCUACCAAAGAUAAAUAGGGGUUAGUUUCCUUUUUAGCCGUUGUUUGUGAAGAAGGAUUGCUAUUCUUGCAGAGUGGGGAAUUGUUACCAUGGUAAUCAUCAUAUGCCAGCUAUUACUGUGUGUAAUAUACAGCACAGCGUAUGAGAAUUUAGCACUACGGAGGUCAGCAUGGCAGCAACAUAAUUAUUCUGGUAAAGAAAUGCAAUGGGGAGCAGCGAAGGCUGUGGACGGACUGUACACUGACCGCUCAGUAAGAGGAAAUCAAUGCACUCAAUCUAACAAUGGACAAACAACAGCGACGUGGGGAGUGGACCUGGGGAGUGUGGUCAGCAUCAGCCACAUUGACAUGUACUACAGGACGGACAAUUUUCCAAUUCCUAGUGUAUACACUACGCGGUUUGCUGGAUUUUUCCUCUAUGUGUCCAACACUACGUCAAAGGAUGACGGCCAUCUUUGUUUCCAUGAUAUACAGACUGCGGAGGGUACACCAAUAGAAAACCAGACAAUAAACUGUUCUGUUCAUGGACGAUAUGUGAUAUACUACAACGAACGAAGGAUACCGGGUGUGGCCUAUCCUAGUUAUUACUCACCAUACGCAUAUAAUGAAUUGUGUGAAGUGGAAGUUCAUGGAUGCUCUGACCCAACAUUUUACGGAGAGAAUUGUGACCAACCGUGUCCCGAUAUAUGUCAAGAGAAGAGGUGUAACAUCAGUACGGGAUACUGUUUGGGCUGUAUACCGGGUUAUCAAGGUCUUCGCUGUAGUCAAGUGUGUGAUAAACAGGCGUAUGGGCUGGAAUGUUCGUCAUCAUGUGGGAACUGUAGCGAUGGGGAGUCAUGUCACUAUCAAAACGGCACGUGCCCUCGGGGAUGUAAUGCAGGGGUAUAUGGGGAGAAAUGCCAGACACCAUGCCAAACUGGUUUUUAUGGAAAGAACUGCGGACAGAGAUGCAGUGAGAACUGUAAAGUGACAAACCGUUGUAGCAGAUUUACUGGGGAGUGUGAUGGGGGCUGUAAAUCGGGAUGGAAGAUGCCAACAUGUCAGCGAGAAUGUGACGGUGGCAUGUACGGCGCAGGCUGCACACAGAAAUGUGGUUCCUGUCUAAACAACAAACAGUGUCAUCAUGUUAACGGCACGUGUUUGAUUGGCUGUUCUUCAGGAUACCAGGGAGGACAUUGCAAGGAGAACUGUCCCAGUGGGUAUUUCGGUAUCAAUUGUGAGAACAGCUGUACCGUGUACUGUGGUAGAAAUGGUAGUUGUGAUCAGACCACCGGGAUAUGUGAUGGAGGAUGUGAGGAGGGGUGGAGCGGGCCUCUCUGUGGUACAGAAGAGUUAUCAUCCCGUGUUACAAGUUGUACAGAUGACAACACCGCCACCAUCAUAAGUAUUGUAGUAUCUAUUUUUAUAGUGCUUAUUGGAAGUAUCAUCAACUUCCUGAUGUGGAAGAGAAAUCAGACAGAAUACGCAAAGAAAGGAGAAAACUGUAGAAGUGAAACAAGGAGUGCUAACAAUUCAGAUAUACCAAGCGGUUCAAAUCGGGUUGGAUCCCCGUAUGCAGAACUGGAAGACCUUGCCAAACCGAACACGUAUGAGGAACUUCACCAUUAUACCGAAUCUACCGGGAAAGUCUAAGACGAGUUAUUUGUACUGCAGUUAUUUCCACCGUACUUAGUUUUAUAUGAUGAACUUUCACAUAGAACGUAUAGCCGGAAAAGUCUAAGACGAAGAUAUAUAUUAUUUUUACUGCAUUUAUUUCCACCGUAUUUAGUUUUCCAUGAUGAACCUUCACAUAUAAUGCAGUACAUUUUUGACGUCGAACGUCCAAUGCAUUUCAUUUCGUUGUCCACAACGCUGACCGUUGAUGAGUGUGUGCAAUCUAAUGUCUCAAUGAUUUGUGAACAUAUGAAGAGAGUACGUGGGAUAAAACUGUUGAAUAAUUACUGAUAUCUUACAUGAACGGUGUGAACCUGUCUUUAUAUAUUUUGAAUGUAUAUAUAUUGUUAUAAUAUCAUUGGCGCCCUAGCGAUUAUAUUACAUGACAAAAUGACCGUGAUUAACUGAAAACUCACGGGAAAACAUGAUAAAUUGUAAUUGUAUGUAUUGGAAUCUAUCAAUGUUAUUUUCAUUAAUUUAUUGGAUCAAAGAAGUACUUGCGGUUUUGGCGAAAUUCUGCCAAGCUUUUAUGAGGAAAAAUUAGUUUGCGUUGCAGAUAUUUUCUUCUUUAAUUUUUAAAAGAAAAACUCAUACAGGUACUUAUUCUCAAACACAUAUGAAAAUCAACUAAUACAUGCGUAUGCGUAGUACAUAAUUAAAUAAAGUAAGGGUCAUGAAGCUAUUUGUGAUGUUUUCUGAUGGUUUUCUAUGGAUAAAUCAGUGAAAUUUAACAACUCUUUCGUCGUCGUCCGGAAGACUUUUUGUAUGGCUUGAAAAUUUACGAAGAAACUGACAAUUCCUCUUAAUUUCAUCCCAGACGACGAGGGAAGAAGGGUUAAAAUGUCAAUUGGAAGAUGCUUACAGAAUUGUCAUCAUGACGUAAUUUCGAGUGAUGAAAUUCCCACUUCUUGGCAGUUGAAGAGGUAACGGGAAUCAUUGGGGUAGUACAUGUAUUUUCAAAAAAUAUAUGCUGAUCAGAUAUUUAUUUAAAGGGUUUAACAUUUAUUGGAAACAUAAUAAUAAAAAAAUGAAAAAAAUUCCGGAUGUAUUUAAGUCAAUCUUACAGACCGGAUUUCAUAUGUGUUGUUAUUGCCAGUGUAAAGAUAACGGUGUAUAUAUAAGACCUACCAAAGCUCCAUGAGAAUUCAUGUUACACACACGAUAAUCAACAUUUAAAUAUUUUAUCUGAUGAUGAAUGAAUAAUUUCACAAACAAUGUAUUCGUUGAAAAUUUAAGCAUUAUAUUAACUAUGUGCAUACAUUUCAUUAAAUAUAAAACAACAUGUGAUAUCAACAGUAGACGACAAUGUUUUACUUAGACCAAUUUCACCCAAGGCGCGUACGUACAUCAAUGAUAUUUAGUGGACGUGUGAAAUUUUUAAGAAAGUAUACAAUUGUAAUCCGCGAAUAUAAUUGUUUACGUACCACCCCUCCCCUCAACAUUUCAAAAAGGACGAUACGUGUCUAGUGAUACAUUGUACAAUUCUUGUCUACUGAUUGUGUGUUGUAGCAUUGUAACAUUCUUGUAUACUGAUUUUGUGUUGUAACAUUGUACCAUUCUUGUCUACUGAUUGCGUGUUGUAGCAUUGUAUCAUUCACCAUAUUUGUUUUAACAAUUGUUUUUACACAUUUUUAUUACUUGUGUAAACAAAUUUCAUCAUCAGAAAUUUAACUGUAAAAUAAAAUUCGAGGUUAUUCUUCAA